AUGUAUCAUGCCAUUAAAGAAUGGGGUGGAACUCCUUUUGGCUUUAUUGAUGAUGUGACUAUUACCGUUGAAGGUAAAAUUGAAGAAAAUACCAAAAGCUUAAGCAACAUAUUAGAAAAAUGUUGUAAUUGGGCUAAAUCAAGAAUGACCAAAAUUGAUUUGGGUGAUAAAUUGGGUUUUAUUCAUUUUACAAAAAAUGUGAAACCUAAAGAUGAGAAAGUGCAACUUACUUUACCUAAUGGAGAACUUCGUGAACCCCAGAAGGAAGUUAAAUUGCUUGGAAUUACUUUGACCAAUCUGCUUGAUUUUAAAUCUCAUAUUUUGAAUAAAAUCAAUAAAGCAAGAAAAGCUGUUGGUGCUAUUUGGCAUCUUGGUGGCGUGCAAAAAGGUAUGCGGGGGUCUGCAGUCAGAUCACUGUAUAUUGCUUGCGUGAGACCAAUUGUCGAAUAUGGCUUAGAAAUUUGGCAUCAUAAAAUUUUGAAAGGAGAAAUCCACAAGUUGGAAGUAAUGCAGAAUAUGGCUUUAAGAAGAAUUGUUGGUGCUUAUCGCACGACUCCUAUUGCGGUAUUACAAAAGGAAGCUGGUAUUAUGCCAUAUAGUAUUAGGCUAAAAUUUAUGGUGGCACGAAAAGCUAUUCGUUUACACCUAAAUAUUAGCAAAACUAAUCCUAUUAAUGGUCAUUUGUUAACAUUGAUUGAGAAAUCUCCAAUUGCAAAGCUAACCACGCUUUACAUGUUGGUGAAAGAUGAUAGAGACUACCUGAAUAAAAAAGAUGAAAAACGAAAAUGCAAGAGGGUUAAACCUCUUACACUGAAACAACAACAAAAUCAGACUAUUGGAAUUUUGAAGAAACAAGCAAUGGAAGAAUGGCAAGAAAUGUAUUGGAACAGCAGUAAGGAUCUGUGGUAUCAUAAUAUCACAGUGGAGUCGAAAUGUACUAGUAAUCUUUCCAAAAUGGUCACGGGAGUGAUCAUGAAGAAAGAUAGUCGAAGAAUCUUGAGUAAUAUUACUCAGUUUUGCACAGGCCAUGGCAACUUUGGCGCAUGGUUUAAAAAGUUUGGAAUUGAAAAGGAUAGUUACAACUGCAAAUGUGGAGAGCUGGAAACAGUUCAUCACAUUUUAGUUGAGUGUCCUUUGCUUGAAGAGGAAAGAAAAGGACUGAAACGGAUAUCUCCAGAGAUGGACAUGUCGACUCUCUUAAACAGUUUAACUGGCUUACAAGAGAUUGUAAGCUUUAUCUCUGCUUGGAGGGAUUAA